GGAAAGACUAAAAAUCCCCAUUUGUCUUCCAUUUCGCUGUCUUGUUCCACUCAAACCCUAGACAAAAUACUCUCCCUUCUUCAAUUUUCCCCAAUACUUGAUCUCUGUUCUCAACCCUAAAUCCAUGUACUCAUCGUUCUGAUUCCAAUUUCGUAUUCCCCUUUCCGUUUCUCUAUACCCGUGCGUGCGUGCGUGCGUGUGGAGAAGCCUUUUAAUAGAUGGCCGCGACAACAACCACGGCGGCGAGUAUCAGCGCCGGAGCAGGAGCCGCCGGUGGUGGUGGUGGAGCUGAGGACCGUGUUCUCGCGACGGCACAACAGAUCGUGAAGAGUCUCAACACACCGAAAGAGGUUCGCGAAGAUAUGAUGCUUAUCUUCUCAAGCUUCGAUAACCGUUUAUCGAACAUCAGGACGGUGAUGACCGAUCAAAACGACGCUCUCACUGCUCGUUUAGAAGCCGUCGAGACGGUUAUCCAUCGCUGGGACGGCGGCAACGAUUCAUCUCGUCACUCGUCUUCCUCCUCCGCUGUUGAUGAGAUCAUCUCUCUCCUUGAGGAUCUUUCCUCUGAGAACAAACCUGAUAUGGUGGAUAGAGCUGAUAGCGCUUUGCAGAUUGCUAUGUCUCAGCUUGAAGAUGAGUUCCGACGGAUAUUGAUCCGUAACACCGUUCCUUUAGACGCCGAGCGGCUCUACGGUUCGAUGCGGCGAGUUUCGCUGUCGUUCGCAGACGGCGAUGUGGUUGAGGAUUUUGAGAAUUUCGGAUUGGUUGCUGCUUCUGCUGAUGGAGAUGGUAGUGGUAGUGGAAGAAGUAGGAGGCUGUUCCAUGAGAGAGGAGGAAGCAUAGGUUGUGAUCUCUGGGUUGAUUUGAUUAAUCCGACGGCUGUUGAAGAUCUGAAAGAGAUCGCCGAGAGGAUGAUCAGAGCCGGUUACGAGAAGGAGUGUGUUCAGGUUUACAGCACGGUGAGGCGCGACGCGUUAGACGAAUGUCUUGUGAUUCUUGGUGUUGAGAAGCUAAGUAUAGAAGAAGUUCAGAAGAUUGAUUGGAAAUCUAUGGAUGAGAAGAUGAAGAAGUGGAUUCAAGCUGUGAAGAUAACCGUUAGGGUUCUACUAGCCGGAGAGAAGAAGCUAUGCGACGAGAUCUUCUCCGGUUCAGAGCCGAGCAAAGAGGUUUGUUUCAACGAGACGACGAAAAGCUGUGUGAUGCAGCUGUUGAAUUUCGGUGAGGCUGUUGCUAUAGGUAGGAGAUCGUCGGAGAAGCUGUUUAGGAUUCUUGAUAUGUAUGAUGCUUUGGCUAAUGUGUUGCAGAGCUUAGAGGUUAUGGUCACUGACUAUUUCGUCUGUAACGAGUCUAAAGGUGUGUUGGAAGCUUUAGGUGAUGCUGCGAGAGGGACUUUCGUUGAGUUUGAGAGUAAUGUUCGGAACGAAACGUCGAAGAGACCGACGACAAACGGUGAGGUUCAUCCGAUGAUACGUUAUGUGAUGAACUACAUGAAGUUGAUCGUUGAUUACGCAGCUACAUUGAAUUCGCUUAUGGAGAACGAUGAAUUAGAUGGGAAUGAUGAUUGUUCAGAGGAGAUGUCUCCUCUUGCUAAACGAAUGCUGAGGUUGAUCACAUGCUUACAGUCGAAUCUCGAAGAAAAAUCGAAGCUUUAUGAAGACGGUGGGCUACAAAAUGUGUUCUUGAUGAACAACAUUUACUACGUUGUUCAGAAAGUGAAAGAUUCCGAGCUUGGUAAGCUCUUGGGAGACGAUUGGGUUAGGAAAAGAAGAGGACAGAUUCGUCAGUACGCUACAGGUUACCUCAGGGCUUCAUGGAGCAAAGUGUUAUCUGCUUUGAGAGACGAAAGCAUGAGUGGAGGCUCAAGUGGUAGCCCAAGUUACGGGCAAAGAAGCAACAGCUCGAGUAGCAGCGCCUCGAAGAUGGCAUUAAAGGAGAGAUUCAGAGGGUUUAACACGAGUUUCGAAGAGCUCUACAGGCUUCAAACGGCGUGGAAGGUCCCGGAUCCUCAGCUCCGGGAAGAAUUGAGGAUAUCGAUAUCGGAGAAAGUGAUUCCGGCUUACCGGGCUUUCUACGGGAGGAACAAGGGUCAGAUAGAAGGCGGUAGGCACGCGGGGAAGUACAUAAAGUACACACCAGAUGAUCUUGAGAGUUACUUACCGGACUUAUUCGAAGGGACUCAGUUGGUUAUUCACCCGAGAAGGAAAAGUUCUUAAGAGAAGGAGGCAUUUGCUGGAGAAGGAGAAAUCUUUAUCUGUUUGAUAGAUGACAGAGAGUAGCCAGGUAAUUUAUAUAAGUCAGGGGUUUUUAAGUUUUAUAUAUGUGAAAGUGAAGACUUAUACACCCUUUUAUAUACUGUGUCAAAAAAAAUCUUAUGUACAUGUCUUAAAAAUACUUAUCUUGUUAUGACCAUGGGGUUUUAUAUAGUGACUAUGUUCUUGAAUCAAAUGGUCUUUUGCGAUGUUGUUGGUUUUUAGAUUAUAGAGAGGAACUUUGUGGCUAAGAAAGAGCAAAACUGUUGUUAGAUUAGUUGAUUGAGAAUAUAUUCUAGUACUGUGUGAAU